GCAGGAUGGGAGGCUGGGGGUGGUUGCUGGUGCUUAGGGCUGCAGUGCUGCUGGGAGCAGAGAGCGAAGCUCCUCCAGAGAGACCCACGUUUGGAGAUGUCUAUCAUGUUGAAGGAGCCAUCAGCCUGCCCUACGCCGAGAUCAGGGAGCCCUUUGAAGCCUGGUACAACCUCACAGGGGAGAGGAGCCGCAUCGAGUAUUACGGCGGCCAAGUGGUCACCUUCCAGUUCGGCUCCAUGGGGCCUUUUGGUGCCAGCUUCAAGGUGACACCAGAGACCACGGAGACGGAGCUGAAUGUCCGCAAAUGUUUCCGCAUCAACGGCACGGACGGGGAUCUCAUCGUCCCACAGAGCGUCUUCCCCAGCCUGGAGCACUUCAGGAGGGUGCGGGAGGAGCAGUUCCACGGGCAGCCCUGCACCGUAUGGCAGAACAUCUCCUACUGGGGCCAUAAGAAGAACGUCUACACGCUGCGGGUGGGCAGCUCGAUGCACGGCCCUGUGCCCCUGCAUUAUGAGGUGCGGGGCUACAACAGCCUGCUGGGCUCCCACUACGACAAAUACGAGAUCGAGUACAGCGCCUUCGGGCACCGCUUCGACCCCAGCAUCUUCCAGCUCCCACACGGUUUGCCGUGUGAGCAGUGGCCCACAGCCGGCCCCGAGCACCGCAUCGUGGCCAACCCCAUGCAGGAGUUUGUGGGGACUGCCCCGGACACUGAGCACGUCCACCACCGCCUCUUCCAUCACUAUAAGGAGAGGUUUGGGAAGCGCUACAGCAGUGAGGAGGAGCACGAGCACCGCAAGAGAACCUUCAUCCACAACAUGCGGUUUGUGCACUCCAAGAACCGUGCCGCGCUCUCCUACUCGCUGGCGCUGAACCACCUGGCUGACCGCACGCCCCAGGAGAUGGCUGCAAUGCGGGGACGGCGCCGGAGCGGGGACCCCAACCAUGGGCAGACCUCCUCCAUGCAGCUCUACACCGGACUCAUCCUGCCCGAGAGCCUGGACUGGAGGCUGUAUGGCGCGGUGACCCCCGUGAAGGACCAGGCUGUCUGCGGGUCCUGCUGGAGCUUCGCCACCACGGGCGCCAUGGAGGGGGCCCUCUUCCUCAAGACCGGCGUGCUGACCCCGCUGUCCCAACAAGUCCUCAUCGACUGCUCCUGGGGCUUUGGGAACUACGCGUGUGAUGGGGGUGAGGAGUGGAGAGCCUACGAGUGGAUCAAGAAGCACGGCGGCAUCGCCAGCGCCGAGUCCUACGGGCCUUACCUGGGACAGAACGGUUACUGCCACUACAACCAGUCGGAGCUGGUGGCCCCUCUCAGCGGCUACGUCUCUGUGGAGCCAGGCAAUGCUGAAGCUCUGAAAGCUGCGCUGUUCAAGCACGGCCCUGUAGCUGUCAACAUCGAUGCCUCACACAAGUCCUUCACCUUCUAUGCCAACGGGGUCUACGAGGAGCCCCACUGUGGGAAUGAGACGUCAGAGCUGGACCACGCAGUGCUGGCUGUGGGCUACGGCGUCCUGCACGGCAAGAGCUACUGGCUCAUCAAGAACUCCUGGUCCACCUACUGGGGCAACGAUGGCUACAUCCUCAUGGCCAUGAAGGACAACAACUGCGGCGUGGCCACUGCUGCCUCCCUCCCCAUCCUGGCCUGAUGGGACGAUGGAGAGCCCCAUGCAGGCACUGUCCUCACUGUGCCCCUCUAUGCAGGCGGGGGGAAAGCAGAGGGACACGGGGCUCUGCGAGGUGGCUGCGGGGUGGAGGAGCACCACCCCACCUACUGGGAGGGCAGACCUGUGUGGAGGUACUUUAUCAACACAGCAAUCAACAUCUAUAGAGAAGCGACCCCAUCCAUCCUGCUGGCUGUGCUCUGUCACCCUUAGCCCACCUGCGAAGCCCAUCCCCUACACCCGACAGCAUCCCCCUGCAUCUGUGCUCGUGCGUGGGCUGCAUCCUCCCAAAAUGGUGGCAGAGAGCAACAGCUACACCCUCACUGUGCCCAGCAAACGGGCCGGGGAGCUGCUGUGCUCCCUCACCACGCAGCCACGUCCUUCCCUGAUUGCUCCCGAUUGAGGGUGGCAGGUCAUAAUAUUUUCUUGUUUUCCUUCCCUUGUUCACCUGCUUAUUUUACAAUUUGCUGCACUGAUUUCUGAAGUGGUCUUUAAUCAUUCCCAGCAGGGGUGCUGACUCGAAUUCACGUCUGGGAGAGAAACGAUCACCGUGCAGGAAUAAUGUGGUUUAUUCCGUGGGAGUCUGGGUCUCCAGAUCUUUGAUUCUCUCGGCUGCAGUCAAUAAAACACGCUUUGACUUUCAGGGAACCGUGACUUUCAGGCUCCCUUUGGAUGGGUGAUGCUGUGAAUUUGCUGCUGAACACGCAGGAGGCUCUGGGAGCUGCAGGCUGUGCACCCCCAGAAGCAUUUAUCAGGAGCUGAAAAUCUUGCAUUUGUGGCAGUGGGGGAAGCAGAGGCUCCAAGU